UUCUCUUCCUUAUCAAGACUCUCUGUAGCACUCUUUCCCUUAAGGAUAACUACUCAAUGAUUAAUUUUGGAAAUAACAGAUUCCUCAUCAGUGAUGGAGGAGGUGGAUUUCAUAAAGUUCUGGAUAUCUCUGAUUUUAGGAAGGAUCUCUUGGACAGAGACUACGUCCAGAUCAAUAUAAUCAAUCAGGCUGAUUGCUUGAGUACCAAGUCUGAAAGAAUUGAUUGGUUGAUUUACUCAAUCUUUCCUCCAACAUAUCCUGCAGAUUUAUCUUUGAGCAGCUUGGCUGCAUUUUUACUCUAAGUAUGAUUAAACAUUGCAACGAAUGUUUAUAGACCAGGGAGGCUGUCCAAAUUUUCUACCGUGGUGUCAAGUUACUAGAUAUAUGGGGUUAAAGAUUCAUUAUUCCUUGUUAUGUUAUAACUUCAUUGAGUGCACAAGUCCUGAUAUUCAUCUCCCUUUACCUUUCCUCUAUCGAACUUAGAUUCAAGGACGCCAAGUGUUUUCUUGAACGAUAGAAUAGAUGAUUUGCAAAUCUUCUAAUUCAGACCUUUCUUGAGGUGUUAGACUGAAAACAAAAUUAAUUUAGUUUGUAUUUUAUAUCAUCUUAGUGAUAACAUCUGUCAUAGGUUUGGCAAGUUUAAAAUGGUCAAUCAUCAAUUUUGAGACUUUAAAUACAUUCUCCCAUUUUAAAUAACCAUCUCUCUACAUGUAAAACGCUACAAACUUCAU